AUGACUGAGUGGGCGCAAGUGGCAGGCACCUGCAAGACAACCUGGCACCUCCAGCUGGACCAGAUCAACCUGGCAAACUAUGAAGGAGGAGCGGCAUGGUUUGUGCAGAGGGGGCGGAUGGCACGCAUCCUGGAGACGUGGAAGUUGGGGGAUGCUGAUCGGGUCUAUGAAGUGGCAGCAGCUUUGCUGCAAGCAGGGCACAGCUGGGCCAGUCUCACAGCUACCAAAGUUACCAACCCAGAUAAUUACUGCGUGGGGUCCACAGUAGCGUUUCAAAGCGCACUCUACUGGCUCCUUUGCAAUGCCAAGGGGCUGAGAUUCGUAAGGCUGGAGCUCAAAACCCUGCGCUGUAUGCCACGCCUGGCACAGCUCAGGCACUUGCAGCUUUAUAUUUAUGAUGGCACGGGGAAUCUCGGGCAGUCACUCAGCAACCUCAGAGACCUGCAGACGCUCUACCUCAAGCAGGACGCCGACUUGUUUCCAGUACAGAGCCCCGUCCUCGCCCUAACUGGCCUGAGUCAGCUGCGGAGCGUCAAGCUCAGCAAUGUGGUGCCGGCCUCCCUGGCUCUGCCGCUCGGUGCAGCGCUGCAUCUGCGGCUGCGCAGCAUGGAAGAUGCGCAUGCGGCUGUAUGGAACAGCUGUGUAGACUUCUUGCAGUCUGUGCAUGUGCGCGAUCGCACCGAUGCAGGCUGUCUGCGAAAUGCCUCAGAGCUCCCGGAUUUCAUGAGUGGGCCGAGUGUGCUGGAAACCAUUGUACUGAGGCUGAAGAGGUUUGGAGCUCCUGAGGAGCCUGCAUACUUCUCUCAGUCGCUGCCGCAGGCUCGCCGCCUCGUGUUGCAGUGCACUGACGAAUUGCGCAUCCACAUUCCGAGCGAGGGAUUACAAUGGGGAGUGGUGACCUUUGCGUCCAUGGAUGUGCUCGAAGUUACAUUCGACGACAUAUCAUUUUUUCUGCUCAUCACCAAAGCAUUCUCCUUUGCGUACACAAAUCUGCAGGGCCUGGCCCUGAUGUACCUUUCCCAAGCCAUGGCAGAGCAGGGCAUUCAGAUAUGCUGUGACACUUACAACCCCACUGGCUGCGCCCUGUACAGCACUCCCGCCCUCUAUUCGGAGAGUGCGUAUGAUGACACCAUGCUGGUGUCUCUGUGCAAUUGCGGCGCGUGCCCAGAGUGCAGCGACAAAGGCAGCUGCGGCCCUUAUGCCGCAUACUCGCGGCGCCACAAAGGGCCGUGA